AUGUCGAGCUCGACCGAGAACGCAUAUGCCAACGCGGAUGCAAAUGUUGGUAAGGGUAAGGGGAAGAAACAGGAUAACGAUGGGGGGAAACAGGUGAACGUGGGUGCACUUCGUGAUAGACAGAGUGUAUAUCGAUAUGUUGGAAGCUUACUAAAAAUAACCAGGAAGACUCUGACCUCCGUGAAGGAAGCGUGGAAAGUAAAGCUGACGGAUCAACAAUUGGGUUUAUCACCCAGUCCACUCGCCUCAUCAUCCUCUAUCCCACCUGCUAAUCCCGACCUCUCUCACCCUCCUCGUCUCAUUCACGUAUCACCCACCCCACCGAAGCGAGACCACAUCUCAGCGGGCGCUUACGCUAGUCGUCAAAGAGAUUUAUUCAGACUGAAACAAGCUAUACAGGAUAACCCCAAUACUAGUAUCCCUCUGACAUCUUCAACACCCACACCUGCAAAAUUGGACUCGAACGGAGAGGUCUUAUGGUGCAAUCAACCUAACACACAUCCGCCUUCAUGCUGCUGUCUUAUAACCCAAGAAAAGAAGGACGAAAAUAGAAGAGAGGGGGUGGUACAAUGGGAUCAGGUGGAUUUGGGAGCGUUCUAUAAUUUGAUGGAAGCUUUCACAUCGGAUGGGAAUGGGGGAUAUUGUGAUUGUCAUGGACAUCCAGUAAACCUCUGCUCUUCUUCGUAUGAUUCAGGAGGAGGAGGGAUGGACGCUAGUGGCUGCUCGGGAGGUGGUAAUUCAGGUUGUGGAUCUUCUGGGUGCGGAGGUGGAGGGGGCUGUGGUGGUGGUGGAUACGGAAGGACAUUUUUCAUAUGA